CUAACCAUAUCAUAUUAUAAAAGCUCACAUUUUUUUCUUUCUAGCUCUUACUCACCUAAACACAUUCUCUCUUUUCCUCAUACUUUGAUGCAAUGGAGUGCAAAUUUGCUUUAGCCAUAUUUGUUUUACUUUUGCAUCAAUGUAUAGCUAAUGUUGAGGAUUAUUCAACAACAAUAGAGGUUUCGAAAUCGAAUAAAUCUUCUGGUUGUAAUCUUUUCCAAGGUAGUUGGGUGUAUGACGAUGCUUAUACUCCAUAUUAUGACUCCUCUACUUGUUCAUCUAUCAUCAAAGAGUUUGAUUGCUUAAGCAAUGGGCGCCCGGAUCAACUCUACCUCAAAUAUAGGUGGAAGCCUAGUGAUUGCGAUUUACCAAGAUUCGAUGGUCAAGAUUUUGUGACAAGGUUCACGGGAAAGAAGAUAAUGUUCGUGGGAGAUUCCUUAAGUCUUGAUCAAUGGCAAUCAUUUACAUGCAUGUUGCAAGCUUCCCUGCCUCAUUGUAAUCACAAGCUUACAGUAAAAGGCGCCCUCUCUACACAUACCAUAAUUGAGUACAACAUUUCGGUGAUGUUAUAUCGAACUCCAUAUUUGGUUGAUAUUGUAAGUGAAAAGAUUGGGAAGGUGCUAAAGCUUGAUUCUAUAAACAAUGGCAAUGCUUGGAAAGGGAUGGAUGUUCUCAUCUUCAACAGUUGGCAUUGGUGGGUCCAUAAAGGAAGCAAAAGUCAAGGAUGGGAUUACAUCCAAAAGGGCAAAAAGAUUUACAAGGACAUGGACCGUUUGACUGCUUAUAAAUAUGGAUUGACAACUUGGUCUAAGUGGGUUGACAAAUAUGCUAACAACAACAACAUUCAAGUUUUCUUCCAAGGCAUCUCCCCCACUCACUACAGGUCUCAAGAGUGGAACGCGAGUACCGGAGAUUGUAAAGGAGAAACAAAACCGAUACCAGGAUCAACAUAUCCAGCAGGCUUACCACCAGCCGACGGAGUAGUAAAGCAAAUAUUGAGUAACAUGUCAACAAAGGUUACGUUACUAGACGUAACAACAAUGUCACAACUAAGAAAAGAUGGACAUCCUUCAAUAUAUGGUUUGGAUGGCAAUGAUUGUUCUCAUUGGUGUCUUCCUGGUGUCCCUGAUACUUGGAAUGAACUCUUGUCAGCUCUUCUUGUUUCUCAAGCUAAGAAAACCCUACAAUUCAACCAACUUUGAUUGCUAGAUUCAAAUUUAUUGUGAUGGACACAUUAUUAUUUGGAUCUUGUAUUAUUUAUUAUAUCCAGGUAUGCGGAAUUUAAAUUUAAUUUAAUUUAACUCCUACUUUCUAUAUGAAAUUAAUUAAUAUAAACUUGUGGAUCAUAGUGAUUUUCAUCAUUGAUCCAUAUUUAUAGAAUUAUAGGGUUACAUGCUAUGUAUGCAGAAUUUAAAUUUUAUU